AUGGGCGCAAACUUCUACUCGAAUGGAACCGGUCAUGGUCAACCGAACUCACCAUUCAAUGAUUUUCAGACCAACACAGCUUCGAUCCCCUGGGCAGAGAUCUUCUCGCGCCACGAAAACGUUCUCUCGGCCCAUCUGGAAAUGCUGGAUUCGGUGAAACGACAUGUCGCACAGGACGGCGAGGCCUUUCGCGCUGUCUCCUCAAUGGUGAACAAGACGAUUCAGACAAUGAACCAGUUUAAGGUGGUCAGGAAACAUAUGACGCAUGCUCGGCAAACACCCACCCCACAGUCCACGGAUGUCGAGUUAACGAGCCAGAGGAAGCGACCAAGGACCGAGAAAGAGAGAGAUACCACGACUACAGAGUCCGAAACAACCUGGCAAUCAGAAGUUCCAGUCUCGAAACGAAAGCGCGACAUCACUUCCCACCCGGUCGCUGAGGACUUCCACCAUACCUCUGGUUCCCUCGAGACAGAAGAUAUUUCGGAAGAAGUCCAGCGUCGACUACGAAUCAAGGAAGAACGUCGGCGACAAAAAGAUGAGGUCAAGCCCGAAAAACGCAAGCGAGAAAGUAUGGUUUCCAACGAGAGCACGUCCCCGGACAACUCUGAGCACCGAAAGAAGCGCGUUAGGACGGGUCAUGACUCGAAACGAGAUGGCGAGAUAACGACAGAGACGAAGGCGAAUGUAAAGACAAGGAGAUAUAAGAAGACCCGUUAA